AUGCCGGCCCUAUCGCUAAAACACCUGGCUACGACCACGGCAAUCAAGCAUGUCAAGUUGCUCACAGACAUCGGGAAUCUCCCGUAUACCCUCGUUCGUCCCAUCCUUAUGAAAGUCGACAAUCCAGAGAAACUGCAUUCAAUGGAACUCCUAUCCCCGCAACUCGCCGAAGAAGACCAAGAGAUAUGGCUCGAACUCAUCAAGCGCGACAUCCCCCGCUGGAACACCUACGAUCUCCCCAAACACACAAACCGCUGGUACGAAGUAUACUGCGACCUCCAAGCCGAAGUCCAGCGCGAACUCGACGCCGACGCCGCAAAAAUGAAAAUGGCCAUUGACGGAAUCAAAUCCGAGCGAGCCCAACUCCAACCAAAAGUCAUGAACCAAUUGCCCAGAGGCGCACGCCCAUCUCGUCCGCGAGUUGCGUCAAGAGGUCUUUAUAUACCUCGGUCUGGUGGACUUACGGCGCCGGAGGCUAAGAAGAAGGCGGCUAUUUUUGCGCCGCAGAAGAGGAAUACGGCGCUUGCGGUGCCGACGAAGCAUCUCAGUACGAGGGCGACGCAGAUUAAGAAGGCGCCGCGGUCGCUGAUUGAGGAGCAUCGGCGGCCGGUGGAACAAGCUACGCUCCGGCGUGAGCAUCAUCUUAUUGCGCCCGGGCGGGUGCCUUUGCCUGGGAGAGCGGCUUCUGCGUCUGCUCGUCCGGCACCUGAUCUACGGGUUUCGUCUUCGCUGGCGGAGCGGGAGGCGAGAUUGAAGGCUAUUCAAUCUGGAAAGCCAUUGCCACAGAGGCCAAAUGCAUCAUCAUCCUCAUCAUCGGCUGCGGCUGCUGCCACGGAUAAUACUUAUAAUUCUCAUGGCUCUCCUGCCUCAUCUAGGGAAGCUCCUUCGCCGGUCAAAAGGGCUAUCCCCAAGCGCAGGGCGACGUCUCCGCCUCCUCAGAUUCCCUCAUCAUCACCAUCCAAACCAUCGAAUUUUGAUGGUCCAUCUGCUAGUAGAGCAGAAAACUCUGGGUCUGAACCCACUGCCCGUCCAGCUGUCGUCCGGAAACGAACAGAGGUCGAUAUCUUCCUUCGACCGAAGAAGAGGAGAGUAGUCUGA